GUGGAGUGUUCGCAUGGUGUUGGGGUGGCGCGGCCAGGGGACUCCCCAGGGUUCGGUGCCUCGGGUCUGACUUUGUGGAGUCGGCUUUGCGUGGGAAGAGGACCGUGUCUUCCCGGACGCGUGUCACGUGGGAAAGUGCCGCUCCACGCCUGGAAAUGUCAACAGCCGCCGCGUGAAGAGCUCUUGCGGCGGGCAAGUACAGGGUUGAUGGCAGGGUAUCUGCCUUAAUAAAAUAUGCCUUGUGAUGCUUCUCUGCAAAUGAGAGGGCCUCAACACCAGACCAUGUGGACCGCAAAUGAGAUUGCUCAACUGUGCUAUGAGCACUAUGGGAUCAGGCUGCCAAAGCAAGGGAAGCCUGAGCCAAACCGUGAGUGGACAUUAUUGGCAGCUGUGGUAAAGAUACAAUCUCCAGCUGUCCAGGCCUGCAACAUUCCUGAUAAGCCAGCACAAGUGACAAAGGAAGUUGUCUCAAUGGGAACAGGAACGAAAUGCAUAGGCCAGUCCAAAAUGAGGAAGAGUGGAGACAUCCUCAAUGAUAGCCAUGCUGAGGUCAUAGCCAGGAGGAGUUUCCAAAGGUACCUUCUCCAUCAGCUCCAAUUGGCAGCCACCCUGAAAGAGGAUAGUAUCUUUGUCCCAGGAACGCAAAGAGGACUGUGGAGACUUAGAUCAGACCUCUUCUUUGUGUUUUUCUCCAGCCAUACACCCUGUGGGGAUGCCUCCAUCAUUCCAAUGCUUGAGUUUGAAGAUCAGCCUUGCUGUCCUGUCAGCAGAGAUUGGGCCAAGAACCCAUCGGUGGAAGCCAGAAGUAACUUGGAAGCUCCUGAAAAUAAAAAGAAACGUGAAGACCUUGACAGUCCUAUAACCAAAAAGAUGAGGCUUGAGCUUGGAACUCCUGCCAGGGAGAUUGCCAGUGGUGCAGCUGAUCAUCAGAGUUGUAGCAAACAGGAGAGUGGCCAAAUCCCACCAGCUGUCAGCAGCUCAAACCUGGCCUCUGUCACCAGAAUAGCCCUCGGUGGUGCCCAAGUAGUGGACGUUCAUAGAACUGGAGCCAAGUGUGUGCCUGGAGAAGCUGGAGACUCAGGGCAGCCUGGUGCUGCAUAUCACCAGGUGGGGCUGCUCCGGGUAAAGCCAGGCCGGGGAGAUAGGACUAGCUCCAUGUCCUGCAGUGACAAGGUGGCCCGAUGGAAUGUCCUUGGAUGCCAAGGGGCACUGCUGACACACUUCCUGGAAGAGCCCAUCUACCUGACAGCUGUAGUCAUUGGGAGGUGCCCAUAUAGCCAGGAGGCCAUGCAGAGAGCACUGAUUGAGAGGUGUCAGAAUGUAUCGGCUUUACCCAAAGGCUUUGGAGUUCAAGAACUGAAAAUACAGCAGUCUGAUUUACUAUUUGAACACAGCCGCUGUGCGGUGCAGGCAAAAAGGGCUGACAGCUCAGGCCGCCUUGUUCCUUGUGGGGCAGCCAUCAGCUGGAGUGCAGUUCCUGAGCAGCCAUUGGAUGUUACUGCCAGUGGCUUUCCACAGGGAACAACAAAGAAAGGAAUUGGAAGCCUUCAGGCAAGAUCCCGAAUCAGCAAAGUGGAACUCUUUAGAUCAUUUCAGAAGCUUCUGAGCAGUAUUCCAGAGGACCAGUGGCCAGACUCCCUCAGGGUGCAGAAGCUGGAUACCUACCAGGAGUACAAGGAGGCUGCAUCUGCUUACCAGGAAGCCUGGAGCACGCUUCGGAAGCAGGCAUUUGCAUCCUGGAUCAGAAACCCACCAGAUUAUCACCAGUUUAAAUGAGAAGGAAACAUUUCCGAAUUAUUUGCUGGUUACAGGACCCUUCAUAUUGAACAGCCUUCUUCCUUCAUGAUGGGCAAGUCUUAGGCUAAAUUGUGGCGUGGAAAAAGCCUUCUCUCAGAGCACUGCAUCUCUUUUGUGUAAUGUGGGAUCUGGAACAUAGAGCAAUCCAUACUUGAUUGAAGUAGCUCUCUCCUAAAGUGGUGUCUUACUAAUGACCUUAGUAUCUGACUUCAGUUGUGUUUUAUUGCUUCUCUAAAAUAUGAGGUUACAGUUUGAAGUACUCUGCAGCAGCUCUGUUUUAUGUGUUCCUACAUUAAUUCAGCAAAUAUUUAUUGAGAUGAAUGAUAUUUAAUUUCUGCAAGCUUUACAGCUUCGCCUGGCAUAGUGAAGAUAUAUUUUGUAUUCUCAUGGCUUCCUUUGGGAAGCCAUCCUUUUUCCAUUUUUCAGUGAUCCUGCUGUAUCUAUUCGGACUUGGUUGAAGCUGAUCUUAACUCCUUGGAUUCAGGAAUGAGCCUGUGAGCCAGCCCUGGACAAUCCUGGAAUUGUUCUCAGAGCUAUUAGGAAAGAUUCUUUUGAUCUAGAGCUAUGGGGCCACAUAAUCUUGGAACUGCCAAAAGCCAUCUUUUCCACCACAUAGAGACAGCCAGCUGAGAACGAAGGCAACAAUGAAUGAGACAGGGAAGAAAAUCAAAGAUCCAGUGACAGUGUUUGGAUGCCUGAAGCCAGUGCCUACCCUAGACUUCAAUAUGUGGGACAAAUUCCUAUUAAUAUUAUUUUUCUGAUUAAGCCUAUUUGAGUCAGUUUUCUGACUUUCAGCCAAGAGAGUUCAGCCCAAAAAGCUGAAAGGCCCUAAUAUAGACCUAGCAAACCAUCUUGUUUUAACUCCAAGUCCAGCCUGGACAACGUAGCAAGAUGCCCAUCUCUAGAAAAUAAAUAGAUAAAUAUAUCUGAUAUUUAACUCUCAACUUCUUUAUGCCUUGAACAAUUGACUAAAAAUGUUAGCUCCCCAUGUUGGGCUUACUCAAAGUCCCUGUCAGUUCUUCAUCAUUUUAUAACUUUAAAUAUUUUUUAGUAAGAACUUUCUUGAAAUACAAUUCACAUACCAUAUAUUAAAUAAUUCA